CAAUUUUUACCUGAUCGCAACCAAAUUUCCAGGAAUUACUAUUGUUAUUGUUGUAUACACCAAAAUUCGCUUUAGCGCUCCAGACAUAAAAAACAACAUUCAUAUGUACAACUAAAAAUCGAAUAUGUAGCAAAAGUGUUUUAACCGCAAAAAUAAACCAAAAGAACAUCGUUUUUAAAUAAGCAUACAAGGAAACGCCGCUAAAUGAAGAUUAAAAGAGCAAAAGCUCUUAAGCUUUUGAAGAGCUUUGCAGCUGGUAGACGAUCAUUUUAGGAGAGGUGCUUAGUUGACUUUUGAUAAUUGCAAAGGAAAUGGCAACUUUAAAAGAGUUAUUCGCAAAGUAUAAAUAUAUAUUUUCACUUCGGUCAAAUAAAAAAAAGAAGCAAUCCGUCGAAAUGGGCGCAGAAAAUCCUUUAACCAAAGGCUCCACUCACCCCGCUCUGCCAGAUGAUGGCGCACCGCGUCUUUACUCCAAUCGUUAUUGUCCCUAUGCGCAGCGAGCUCAUCUGAUGCUGAAUGCCAAGAAGGUGCCGCACCACGUCGUCUAUAUCGAUCUGGUUAACAAGCCCGAGUGGCUGGUGGAUGUGAGUCCUCUGCUGAAGGUGCCUGCUCUGCAUUUGGUGGGAAAGAAGUCGAAGCCUUCGCUUAUCGAGUCGCUGAUCAUUGUCGAGUAUUUGGAUGAAAAGUAUCCGCAGAAUCCAUUGUUGCCCAAGGAUCCAUUGCAACGUGCCCAGGACAAGAUACUCGUGGAACGCUUUAAUGCCGCUGACGGAGCCCUCAUGAAGAUCGUUCUCCAGGGCGAAGAUGAUCUCGAUCUUUUGCGGGUGUUCGACAUAUUCGAGGAAGAGCUGGCCAAGCGUGGCACUCCUUAUUUCGGUGGCAAAAAACCAGGAUUCUUAGACUACAUGAUCUGGCCAUGGUUCGAGCGUCUGCCUGUAGUGAAGUAUUUCCUCAAAGAACGCUACAGAUUUCACAAGGAACGUUAUGCUGAGCUCACCGCUUGGGUGGAUCUGAUCGUCAAGGACGAAGUGGUGCAAUCUCAUUAUGCCACACCCGAGGCGCAUGUGAGUUAUUUUAAGAAGGUCGCCGAUAUUCUUUAGAACAGAAAAUAGACUUUCUUGAGGAAAACUGGCAUUAAAUGCUGAUCUCGACAUUGAGUCAGAUCUACAAAUUUGUGUUGUUCAUAUAUAAUGUAUUAAAGAACGAAAUUCA